CACGCAAACAUCUCGCUGGAGAGAGAGAACACGAACACAAAAGGAAAUAGUAGUUUUCCGUACGUAUCGAAUCGAGCCCAGCCCAGAAAAGCGGAAAACGAAACAGAUUCGACAGCGGUUGCAAAGUUCACUAAACUGAGUCAUCACCCCUCUGCACAACAUGCAAACCAUCAAGUGCGUGGUCGUCGGCGACGGAGCUGUGGGUAAGACAUGCCUGCUCAUCUCGUACACAACCAACAAGUUCCCAUCGGAGUACGUGCCCACGGUGUUCGACAACUAUGCGGUCACCGUGAUGAUCGGCGGCGAGCCCUACACACUGGGUUUGUUCGAUACGGCCGGACAGGAGGACUACGAUCGGCUGCGUCCGCUUUCCUAUCCCCAGACGGAUGUCUUCCUGGUUUGUUUUUCGGUGGUCAGUCCCAGUUCCUUCGAGAACGUCAAGGAGAAGUGGGUGCCCGAGAUCACACACCAUUGCCAAAAGACACCGUUCCUGCUGGUGGGCACGCAGAUUGAUCUGCGCGACGAGACCAGCACGCUGGAGAAGCUGGCCAAGAACAAGCAGAAGCCCAUUACCAUGGAGCAGGGCGAGAAGUUGGCCAAAGAGCUGAAGGCCGUCAAGUAUGUGGAGUGCUCGGCCUUGACACAGAAGGGCCUGAAAAAUGUAUUCGACGAGGCCAUUCUGGCCGCCCUGGAGCCACCAGAGCCCACAAAGAAAAGGAAGUGCAAAUUCUUAUAAUUCUUCUUUCCCCCCACACGCGGUAUCCCUUUCAUUCUGGCUUUCUACUAUCGCAAUGACUCCUUCCCAGCCUCUCAUCGUCGAGAAGCGUUCAAUAUAUAGCCAUAUAUAUAUUUUAUGUAUGUUUUGAUUUAUGUUAUUCUGAAAUCGUUUCUGCCGGAGCGCAGUCCAUCCCAGUACUCCAUGAGCUACUUCUCCCCUCCAUCUGCCCACUCUCACUCACCUUUUCUGUGUCGCCCCUUACGUGCGUCAUCGUAUCUGUGUCAGUACUGUCCGUGCUCCAACCUUGGAGCUCUUAUUAUCCUGGAUUUUGGCCGGUUUCUUUGAUUUGCCGAAUGUGCCAGGCGACUGGGCAGUUGUAUUCAACUCGGGACAGUCUUCCGCCCCACAAGCUUCAGCCCCAAUCCCAGCCAGGAUCCAAUCGCAGCCAAUGCAGCCCCGCCCAGCAGGUGAAAUCGAAUUGAAACCCAACCGAUUUCAUUUCUGCUCGCAAACAUGUUUUUGGCGCAAUUUUCGAAUUAAGUAAAGAGAGGAAACACAAUAUCAGUAUAGCGAAAACAAAUGAUUUAUAUAUAUUUCUUUAUAUAUAUACAAGGAUUAAGGAGAGGCAACAAACAAAAUAUACAUUUACGAUAAACAACAAAACAAUCCAGAACAGAAUGGGGGGAUCCGAAAAUAACCAUGCAAUUUUUCGUUUUGCCUCAGUCGAUGAAAACAUAUAUAGUCCCAAGAGCAACGUGAGAAGCAGGCAAAGUGCGAGGAUUAUAUUAAAUAUUUAUGAUAACUGAUCUGAUCGCGUAAUGUUCAAACAACGGAGGUAGGAUGGAAUUCGCUAGCAUGCAUAUAUGAAAGUGAAGCUUAUUAUGUAAUAAAACUAAGCGUAUGAGUAUUGAAAUAUGAUUAAAAGUAAAUUAAAUGAAAAUACAAAUAAAAGAAGGUAAAGAAACAACAAGAGAAGCAAGAACAGAACUAGGCGUUGCAACCACAAACACACAUCUGAAAUCUACAAUCUAUAUAAAAGUAUAUAUUUAAAUAUGUAUAAUCCAUAAAGUAUAACAAACAAUAAAACAACGGCAACAGCAAAAGCAACAAAAAUUUGUAUUGUAGUUCAGCAAAAAACGACAAAGAUGAAAGGAAAAUACGAACUAAUGCAUUUUUUAAUAUUUUUAUAUGUAUACAUUAUCAAUUUUUACAUUUUUUUUCUAGACCUUAGUGAUUUAACAUUAUUGAUUUCAGAUAAUAUCUUAUAAUAAAACGAAAUCCAAAACGAAA